AUGUUCAUACUUUCUUCAUCUCUCUGCGUUUCCUCAGCGCUCCCGCACCUUGGUCCAGGAGGAGUGAUCUGGGUUCUUCCAUUGCCUGUGCCUGGAAUCGUUUGUCUUGGUGCGGACUGCUCAUCGCAAGAGACGGAGUCCACAUUUCUGCGAAGAGAUUUUCCACUGAGUCUUGGUGCUCGAGGGCUUGGAACUUCCGCAGUAGCGGCAGCAGAGCCCAAUGAUAAGGCUCUGACCAUACAGCUACUUGCACUUAUUAUAUUCUUAUUACCUGUCUAUAUACUGGGCGUGAGGCCUCCGUGUAUCUGUCUUGAGCUAUACAGUAGUAUAGAUUGUCCUGGUAACUUUACUAUGCCAAAGAAUCCUUUGAUACGGGACGGGUCUUGUGACCCCCUAGCUUUCUUAGAAUUAUCCUAUCCUCUCAGCCAGACGAUCCCACUGCGCCUUGAAGACGUCUUGCGUACUUUCCUAUCGAGCUUAUCUCAACUACCACUAAACUUAGAAGGACAGAAGAGUCCAGCAAAUCUUGUUGAUCCAUCAGUCUCCAACAUCAUGGUAAGUGACCUGAUAACCCACGAUGUCUAUCCAUUUUCCCCUUUUCCCAAUAUCUUUCGUCAGCUGCGAGUUUUGCCUGGGCGACCAUCCGGUCGCCCUUUGCCCUCCCAUGCAUUACACUCAGGGCUUCGCUGCCGGGGUAAGUUUUCUAUAUAUUAUGUACUAUACCCUUUAUAUUCAUUGCUCUGGAAGUUUGCGUAUGCGCUGCAACAACAGCAGCAGCAGCAGCAGCAGCAGCAGCAGCAGCAACCAGCCCAGAAGAGCAAGAAGCGUAAGAAGAACGCUGCUGCUGCUGCUGCCGCCGCCACCGCCGCCACCACCACCACCGCCGCUGCCCCUGCUGCCGCCCCUGCUGCUGCCCCCGCUGCCCCCGCUGCUGCCCCCGCCCCCGAUGCCGCUGCCGCCGAAGAACCCCUACUAUAUAUCGUAUAA